AUGAUCUUCGUACAGGACGACUACCGCUGGAAGGGGUUUGAGGACUGCAUCUGCCGCAACAUAACCUACUACGACCUCGACGGCGACGAGCACGUCCGCAGCUCCUCCGACUGGAUGCAGUACCCGUGGGGGGCGGCUGUCGAUCAGUGCUGGCGGGACCUGGCCGCCAUCUUCCACCUGGGCGGGGUCGAGGACGGAGCUGUCUACACCGUGCGCGUGCACCCGCGCAACAAUUUCGCCGUGGGGCGCGGGACGAUCCUGCAGAGGCCGCUGUCCCAGUGGCGCGCGGCGUACGAGCUGGCCAGCCGGCCGGUCUGCCACCCGGGGAGCUUGAACGAGUCCAGGCUGAGCGCGGAGGUGCUCCGGGCGCAGGAGGUCCUCUUCCAGCGCGGGUCCACGGACGCACGGCUCCUCCACGACCAGCCCGGUUGGACGAAGCACACCUCUGGGGGGCCCAGCCAGCACCUGCGGGACGGUAUCUACAACGUCACGCCGGCGGCGCCGAGCGCCUGCGCCCGGGAGGUCUUCGCGGGGCGCCAGUGCUGGCGGCGGUGA